UCCAACUCUUCUUCCAAGUCUCCAGUGUCUAUCCUCCCUUAUUUCUGUACUUUUGUAUCGCAUAUUAUCCGAUACCUGCUCCUCAACAGUCGCCAUGCCCGUCAGAGCAAUCAUCAUUGUUUACCGCAAGCCCGGCCUGUCGCUCGAGGAGUUCAAGCACCGCUAUGAAGCCCACAUCCAGCUGAUCCGGCGGAUAGUGGGGGACGACUUUCCCCUCUUUCACAGACGCAGCUAUAUUGCCCGCCAAACCGUCGCCACGCCCCCCGAGGGCGCCUCGACGCGCAACGCAACCACGCCGGCGACCCUGCUAGCCGGGCAGCAGGCGGAUUUCGACUUUGAUGCAAUGGCCGAACUCACCUUUGCUGACCAGGCGGCAUUCCAGGCCUUUGCAGCCAAGGUCUAUGCGCCGGACGCUGCCGCGCAGAUAGCUGCCGAUGAGGAGGGGUUUUUGGACCGCUCGAAGUUGGCUAUCUCCAUGCUCGAGGAUGUUAUUGAAAUGACGAAAUGAGGGUAUAAGCUCGGAUGAAAGCUGUAAAUAAACAGUGAAUAUACUCGCCGCUCUAACUCGAUAUGACGCGAAGAUACUGCGAAGUAUCUCUUUAGAAUACUAGUUUGAUAGUGGUAUCAAGACAAUUGAAUAUAAUCACAGC